AUGGCUCAUAACCUGGGACUGCACAUGGACUGUUCUACUUGGGUAGCAACAGGUCUUAUCUCCGAAGAGGAGGCUGAGGUUAGGAAAGUGACAUGGUGGGGAUGCUUCGUUGUUGAUAAGUUAUUCGCCUGUGGCCUCGGUCGACCUAGCAGCAUUCAGAGGUCCGGUGUGACUUGCCCAAAGCCAACGAUAGAUCGAGAAGAGUAUAGCCCCUGGAUGCCAAAAACGGGCGAUUUGGAAGUGACGACGCCCCUCGGAGCCCACUCACACAUCGCCUCAACAGCUCAUUUCGUGUCUGAGUGCAUGGCCAUUGCCUGCGAGGCCCUCGAAUUGAUGCUUGCCGCCAGGGAUAUCGAGGGUAUUGUCAGCAAAGCGGAUGUUGACUUGCGUGCGUACUACACCGCAUUGCCUACAUAUCUACGCCUCCCUUCGUCGCCAAAGGUCUCUGCGCUUCCUCACAUCUACUUGGCCCAACCCCUGAUACAGAAGAAACGUGGCAGAAGGCGAACAAAUGAUAGCUCGACCACUGAUAGUGCCGCAAGUUCCGGCGAGAGCCAAUACCUCAAUCAGCACAUGGAAAUAUGCCGUCACUCUGCUGCUCAGAUAUCGAGGCUGAUGCAUGUCUAUAAACAGCACUACACUCUCCGUCAAAUACCCAUUGCUGCCGUACACCUUUCAUUCGCGGCAGCAGUUAUUCACCUCAUCGAUGCUCGUCCCACGAACCCGAACUGGGAUCAAGCUGUGCGGCACCUCCAGACAUGCGUUGAUGCGCUCAAAGACUUGCGGACUCCCUGGUGCGCUUGGGCAGACCGGUCGUUGCGGGGUGUGCAUAUGUUAGCCCUGGACUGGUAUCAAUGUGACGAUGUAUCGCAACUGAAGAAAGACCGCCACAGUCAUGGGGAUGAUGCUUCUCGUCCACUAUUGACGGCCACCCGCGUACACAUGCCUGAGGCAACGAGUCUGAACCAGGCUAACGAUGGCGGUUAUUCAACUUCAUGGGGUCACAGCAAGUCGGGACUCCAAACUGUCGACGAAAUCGAGGAUUACGCAGCACCAUCAAGUAUCCCUGGGCAACCAGAACCUGAAAACUUCUGGGCUUCCUUAUUUGAACCUACGGAUGCGGAUCUGGAUAUGAAUGGCAUCGUCAGAGAAUGGUUGUCUGACAAAUGGUAUGACUGGUCCUCAACAGGAUUCGAGGUAGGUGGAGACGGUGGCAACAUGUAUGAGCUCUAA